UGUACUGCAAGGCGGUUCUCACAUGACUGUUCUUGUGACCCGCAUUUAGACUAACAUUACUUCAAAAAGUCAGCUUUAGUGGCGAAGUGAGACGAAAAGGCGAAAUUAAGGAAGUCGCUAGACCACAUAAGUGAAUCAUGUUUUGUUACUAUCUCUAUAGCCAGUUUGCGAAAUUAACCAGCUCGGUAGCCUAACUGCUCUCCGUUGGAACCUGCUAACUGACAAGCUAGUACUAGCUAGCUGUCCGCUUCUGUUUUGUUGUACGACAGCUUCGCAAACUGGGUCACGGGGAGAGAGGUAAUUUACAUGGCUACAAUGAAACCUAAUGCUAUAACGACUUUGAUGUACACUAAUUUUUGACCACUAUGGCGAUAAGGAGGGAGAUGGAAAAGUCAGGAGUGAGGGGGGCAGAACAGGGUUGCCUUUGAGAGACGAGUCCGUUUUUUCAAACCUCAUGGCUGAAGCCGCUACACCAGAUCCACGAUGGUGCAGUUACUUCUUCCUGUAUGAUGGGUCAAAGGUCAAGGAGGAAGGUGACCCUACGAGAGCGGGCAUCUGCUACUUCUACCCCAAGGAGACACCACUGGAUCAGCAGGAGCUGCUGUGUGGACAGCUGGCUGGUGUUUGCCGAUGUGUGUCUGAACUUUCCUGCUCCCCUGUCAGACUGCUCCGGAUGCACAGACGCAAAUUUGCUAUUUGCACAAGAGGGGACUUCCUGUGGGCUCUUGGCUGUGCAGUAGAUAUUCCAGACAUCAGUAUCCAUGGUUUUCUGGAGCAGCUCAUAGGUCUCUUCUGUUUCUACAAUGGACCUGUCCGAGAGAGCUACCAGCUUUGCAGCAAGGAAGAGUUGGCAACACAGUGGGGGAAGUACCUCUCUCAUCUGCAGGGUGGCGCCACAGAGCUCCAUCAUAUCUUCAGCUCCCUGCGCACCAUAGAUUCAACACAUAUUGACCCACUGCUGCUCCUCAAGGCUGCUCUUAUUCUUCAAGCAUGCCAGCGCUGCCCCCUGGUGUUAGCAGGCUGUAUACUCUACUGUGGCAGGGUUGUGAGCACACAGAUGCCCCCUGACCUGACUGCAAAAGUGUUGGUUCAGGAGACUGAGGAGCUGAAAGGUUUGGCUGAUGGGGUGACAAACAGCAACCCCCCAUCUAGCAGCCAGACUGCCAUUGCUGUGUUCCUGACUCCCUCUGAGCUCCUUGCUCUACGGUGCCCCCCUGUGGAUUGGGCAUGCAGGUCCCACUGCCUCCCUCUUCAAGUUAACCACAUCAAGAAGUCCCGUCUCCUGUCACGAACGCUGUCCGACACGCCCGCUCCUGAACCCCAGCUCCCCAGUCUCGACACCGCCUGCCGCACCCCCGACUCCCGCCAGACGGCGCCUUGCUCCACUCCCUCCUCCGUCUCAGACCAGAUGCACUUCAGCCCGAGCCCCUCCCUGUCCGCUUUUGGUGACGCCUCGUCCUCUCCAGACCACUCAGGGUCAUGUGACCGGAUCCUAGCCAAUGGGACACUGCAGUUGGGUCUGCUGAAUGCAUCAGAGGGGCAAGAGCAGGACGAGGAGAUCUUUGGGACCCCUCUUUCUGCUCCUCACCGCAUGGGUGAAAAUGGGGAGGACUGUAGGUCACAAGGCGGGGGCUGUGAAGAUGACAGUUCAAAGCAACAGGGCGGAUGUGGAGAGGAUGGACAGGCUGCUAACAGAGAGCCUGGGAGUGAACCACAAGGAGCCAGACACACAAGUGAUGAAGAGCAGCUGGAACAGAAAGGUGGAAGAGAGGAAGAGGAUAGUGGAGGAAAAAGAGAGCAGAUAGACAGGAAUGCAGAGCACAGGGGUAGAGCGCGGCGUGCUUACAGCGAGGAGCCCGGGAAAAAUGAGAGGAUCCAGGGAGGCAAGACCCCAACCUGCACGUCUACCCUCGGAGUGCAGCAGCCCCCCCUGGUGGCCAUGGCGUUGUAUCAGCACAGGGUGCGAGGGCUGGUGCUGGCUCUGCUGGUGGAGCCGAAGUUUCAGAGCGACGCCGCCGCCAAGGAGGAAGUGCAUCACAGCAGCCUGGCAUCUCUGAACGGGCUGGAGGCUCACCUGCGCAGCACCAGAGCUGUGACCCCAGGGCCUCCCGGGGGGUACACCUUCGCUCACUAUGACUGCCUGCAGAACACGCUAACCACCAAUCUGUCUGGGGGGGCGGGCGGGCCCCUGGAGCGCUCCUUUGUGCGGGCCACUUCUCUGCUGCACUCCCAUUUCUCUCAAGCUGUCACCCUGCAGGAGGCCAUUGUAAGGAAUGCAGGGUCAGCUGUGUAUGGGACCCGCAGCACAGCCCAGGAGACGUAUUUCCUGCAGCAGGGGGCUACGGCGAGGAACUCCGGAGUCCCCAACCCCCAGGACAGCGCCUUCUCCCUGCCCAGUAAAGCCCGGCACCGUCUGCUCAAACACGGAGUCAACCUGCUGUGACACGCAGCGGAGAGCCAGGUCCACAUCAUUUCCUCCUCUGGGGGUGCGUCACCACACCUCCGCACAGCACAUACUGGACUCUACCCACAACCAUGUUCUGGUACUGUGGUGUGCAGGUGAAGGCUGCUUCUUCUUUGAAAACAUUUUUUCUCCAGUGCACUUAUCCAAGUAUUUUUUUACAUUCCGAACUAAGAGACUGAAGCAGCCAUACAGUUUGUUGAGAGGCAGUGGUUAUCACAACCAUCCCCCCAUUUAACUGCCACCAUGGCUGAGGUGACUGAAGAUGUGUGACGAUUAACAGAACUAAGCAUUGUUGCAAUAAAAAGAAAUCAUGUUGACAUAAAUAAUGCAGUAUGUGAGACAAGAUGCCUGUAAUGCUGAAACCUCAAUAAAGCAAAGGCAAAGGAUACUGAAGUU